AUUCGCCCGAUCGUUUUGACCGUUACAUUUUUUUUAUUCAACAUUGAAAGUCUCCUUCUAAGGUUUUCUCUUCUUCUUCUUCUUCCUCUUCUUCAUUGCUCCUAUCUUUCUUCUAACUAAUCGUCGAGACAUGUCGAAUCCCCUGACAGGCUGCUUGAAAACCACCUACGUGGUGUUUGUUUUCGUCUCUGCUUUUUUCCUUGGGGCUCUCAAAGGUCUUUUGGUGGGCCCUGUUGCAGCUCUGUUGGUGAUUUUGGGCAAUGUUGGGGUGAUUUUGGGGCUCUUACCUGCUCAUAUUGCUUGGACUGUGUAUGCUCUUGUUAAGACUAAUCGGUUCGAUGCGGCACUCAAAUUUGCAUUGUUGUUUGCUCUGCCUCCACUGCUUGCUCUCUGGUUGGGUCUCAGCAUUGCUGGGAAUGUCCUCAUUGCCAUUGGUUAUGGGUUUUUCACACCAUGGGUUUCGACUUUCGAGGCCUUUAGACAAGAAAGAGAGUCGAAGAAGUUCUUGCACUGCAUUGUGGAUGGAACAUGGGGAACCAUUAAAGCGAGUUGCACUGCUGUCCGGGAUUUUGCUGACUGUUGCUACCAUUCAUACCCACAGUAUUUGAAGGAGUUACGUGAAGGCACUGAUUCAGAUGAAACACAUACUAUGAGGUUAGUACAGGUACCUGGAUGUCUUGCAGUGGGGCUGAUGGGUCUGAUCGUAGAAAUCCCUCUUUACACUGCAAUAGCUGUGGUAAAAGCCCCCUACAUGCUCUUCAGGGGAUGGCAUCGGUUGUUACAUGAUCUAGUGAGCCGGGAGGGUCCAUUCCUUGAAACGGCUUGUGUGCCGGUUGCAGGGUUGGCAAUCCUUCUGUGGCCACUUGUUGUCAUCGGGAGCGUUCUAUUCGCUAUCUUUUCUAGCUUCUUCAUUGGGUUGUACGGAUCAGUAAUUGCAUAUCAGGAAAGAUCUUUCCAUAGAGGUGUUGCAUAUGUGAUUGCCAUGGUUUCGGAAUUUGAUGAGUACACGAAUGAUUGGCUUUAUCUGAGAGAGGGGUCCAUAUUUCCAAAGCCCCGUUACCGAAGGAAGAAAGCUUCUUACUCUUCGGAGAUAUCCGUUGGUGCUAGUAAUGCAGCAGGAGGCAGGUUAGGCUCUUCCAAGGCACCUGCAAUGCUUGUCCCAAGCUUAGCUCCUUCAAGAUCUCUUAGGGAGACAAUACAAGAAGUGAAAAUGAUGCAGAUAUGGGAAGACAUGAUGAAGUCUUGUGAAAUGAGGGGAAGGGAAUUGGUGGAUGCAAAUGUGUUAACGCAAGGUGACCUUCAUGAGUGGUGCAGGGCCAAGAGCAGCAGCCAGGAAACCAUUGUCGGCCUCGGCCUACCUUCCUACUCGUUCUUGCACGGUCUCCUUAACUCUAUCAAGGCAGGAUCAAAUGGGUUAUUGCUUUCUGAUGGUACUGAUGUUACCCAAUUGAACCGCCCACAAGACCGCCUGUUGGAUUGGUUCUUCCACCCUAUUAUGGUUAUGAAGGAACAGAUCAAGGUCUUAAAGAUCAGUGAGGGAGAGGUGAGGUUCUUGGAGAAGCUUGUACUCUUGGGAGGGAAUACUGAUCGCAUGGAUGCCUGGAAAAACGGAUCUGAAGUUCCACAGGAUGCUCUCAAGGCUGCUCAGAUUCAGGCCAUCAGCAGAAGAGUGAUAGGAAUGACGAGGAGCGUAUCGAAGUUUCCAACUUACAGAAGGAGAUUCCGCAACGUUGUGAAGGCGUUGGUUGCAUAUUCUCUAGAAAGGGGAGGUUCCUCUGCAUCCCAUUCUACCAGAUCGGUAGCUUCAAUCGCUUCAAUCGAAAUUGUGUAGGCCGAAGCUGAGUUAGUUUGAUCAGUUCAAUCGAAAUUGCAUAGGCUGAAGCUGUGCGUCUUGAUCGUGCUUGUACAAUUGCUAGAUGUUUGUGUUUUGCUGAUCUCAAUGAUUGAAGUCAGAAUUGGUGGAAGAAUGGGCCUCCACCCAUUCGAUCAUGGGAGUAGCUUUUUCUUCUUUUAGCAAUGAUUUUGACACAACCCACAACACUGAAAGAGGACAAUAGGGUGGCAGCAGCACAUGUUGCAUUUGUAAUUUGGGGGGAAUCAUGAACUCCAAACUGGUACCCCUCCUAUACAGUGAGAUAAAAGUGUUGUAAAUAUGUAUCAAUUUCAUUGAAUGCAGAAAAUUUAUUCAAAAGGA